GCAUCAUUUUUCUCUUCUUCUCUGUCACUAAGCAAUAAACAUGGGAAGAGCACUUUGUGGCGAUAAAAAUGGGCUCAAAAAAGGGCCAUGGACUCCUGAAGAAGAUAAAAAAUUGAUUGAUUAUAUUCAAAAACAUGGUUAUGGAAAUUGGAGGACACUUCCAAAGAAUGCUGGGUUGCAAAGAUGUGGAAAGAGUUGUCGUCUUCGAUGGACUAACUACUUGAGGCCUGAUAUCAAGAGAGGAAGGUUUUCUUUUGAAGAAGAAGAGACUAUAAUUCAGCUACAUAGUAUAUUGGGCAACAAGUGGUCUGCCAUUGCUGCUCGGUUGCCCGGACGAACAGAUAACGAAAUAAAAAACUAUUGGAACACACACAUUAGAAAAAUUCUUCUUCGAAUGGGGAUCGAUCCGGUGACCCAUACUCCUCGACUGGAUCUUCUCGGUCUCUCUUCCCUUCACAAUCAAUAUCUUAUCCAGUCUUUUGCUAACCCUGAGCUUCUUCGUAAUGUUGACCAAUAUCAACCAUUGACGCAAUCUAACCAUUGCCACGCACAAGUCGAAGAAACCCAAACUUGUAGUGUUCCAUUUUAUAACGAAGAACAACAACUCGUGAUGGAACCCAAUGUAAACCAAUUCCCAUCAAAUUUCAAUGACUAUGUUAUGCCUUCAAUUUUGACUGAAGAUUACGUGCCGCUACCGCCGCAGUACAACUAUUACGGCUCGGAUUAUCAAACCGUAAUGGACCCUUCAAUCGAAACCUCGAAUUUCCAUCCCAUCAACAGCAACCAGAGCUUGGGGUUGGGGUCAGUUGUGUCGACGCCUUCGUCAAGCCCCGCCCCAUUGAAUUCAAACUCCGCAUACCUCAACAGUAGCAGCACCACUGAAGACGAAACGGAAAGCUAUUGCACCAACAUUUUGAAGUUUGAAAUCCCUGAUAUUUUGGAUGUUAAUGAUUUCAUGUAAUUCCAAAUGCAUAACUCCCAAAAAGAGUUUUUCUUUUUUCUUUUUUUUUGAUUCAGUGAGACAUGUUGAUACGUGUGAAAAUUUCUACUAAUUAAUAGUUAAUUUCUCUCAA